CGCCCCUCUCUACAGAAGCCGCAGCGCUCAGCCGGGGCUCAGUCGUCGCGGGCUCGGUUGCCGCGUAGUCACACCAUGGCUUGCUACAUCUACCAGCUGCCGUCCUGGGUGCUAGAUGACCUGUGCCGCAACAUCGACACGCUCAGCGAAUGGGACUGGAUGCAGUUCGCCUCCUAUGUGAUCACAGACCUGACACAGCUGAGGAAGAUCAAAUCCAUGGAGAGGGUACAGGGUGUGAGCAUCACUCGGGAGCUGCUGUGGUGGUGGGCCAUGCGACAGGCCACUGUCCAGCAGCUGGUGGACCUCCUGUGUCACCUGGAACUCUACCGAGCAGCCCAGAUUGUCCAGAGCUGGAAGCCGGUUGCUGAGAGCUCAUCUCCUCUUCCAGCCUUCCCAGAGGCUGCGAAACCAGGGCCUGUGGCUACUUCUGGAAGAAACCUCAAGGAUGAACAGGAAAAGGGACAGCCUGUGAAGCCAGGCUCCUUUCUAGGAACAGGGACCACCAUGGCUGGCACCCAGCAGCAGGACUUGCACCAGCUUCCAUGCAAGGAGGAUGCCCCUUGUUUCUUGAAAACUGACCAACCUGACUCUUCCCAUUCUAAGGACUGCAGCACAUCCACAUCUGUGCCCAAGCAGGAAAAGCUUUUGAGUUUGCCUGGAGACAGGUUUUUCUGGAGUGAGACCGAUGUCAUCCAAGCAACGGAGGACUUUGACCAAAGCCACCAAAUCAGUGAGGGGACCUUUGCUGAUAUCUACUGGGGGCAAAGGCAUGGUGUGGCCUUUGCCUUCAAGAAGCUCAGGGAGAUGGUUAGCUCAAGUCCAGGGUCCAUGGACAGAUUCCUGCAAGCAGAGAUGCAGCUUUGCCUCAGGUGCUGCCACCCCAAUGUCCUACCUCUGCUGGGCUUCUGCACUGGAAGACAGUUCCACAGCCUCAUCUACCCCUACAUGGCAAAUGGCUCUCUGCAGGACAGACUCCAGGCUAAGGGUGACUCAGACCUGCUGCCCUGGCCCCAGCGUGCUAGCAUCUGCACAGGGUUGCUUCAAGCUGUCGAAUACCUGCAUAGCCUGGACAUCAUCCAUAGCAAUGUUAAGAGUGCCAACGUUUUGCUGGAUCAGCAUCUUAACCCCAAGCUGGCUCAUCCUGUGGCUCAUCCAUGUCCUGCUGAUAAAAAGACCAAAUACACUGUAAUGAAGACUCACCUGUUCCAGGCCUCAGCUGCAUAUUUGCCUGAGAACUUCAUCAGGGUGGGGCAGCUGACCAAGCAAGUGGACAUCUUCAGCUGUGGAAUUGUAUUAGCUGAGGCCCUCACUGGCAUCCCUGCGAUGGACAAGGAUCGAAGUCCAGUUUACCUGAAGGAUUUGCUUCUUAGUGAGAUUCCGAGCAGUACUGCCUCGCUGGACUCCAGGAAGACAGCCAUGGGGAAGGUGGUGGCGAAAGAGAUCUGUCAGAAGCACAUGGAGAGGAGAGCCGGGCUACUGCCUGAGGCCUGUGCUGAAGCCUGGGCCUCCUCUGUAUGUCUCUGCCUGCGGAGGCGCAAUGCCAGCUUGGAGGAGGCACGAGUCUCCAUGGCUGGGGUGGUGGAGCAGCUCCGAGGUCAGCCGUCCCUCCCUUGGAGCCGGGUUUCUGAGGGCACAGGCCUGUCUUCCAAUACCCCAGAGGAAACAGAUGACGUUGACAAUUCCAGCCUCAGUGUCUCCUCUUCUGUGAUGGUGGCGUCAUGUACAAGGGUUGCCUCCUCUCCGCUCUCUGGGGAAAAUGGAAUAGUACAGCCAUCCGCCAGUGGAAGAGUGGAGGUUGACUCCUCCUCAGAGGCCCGCACAGGCCCACAGCCACCCCAGGACGCUACGGAGACUUCAUGGAAAAUUGAGAUCAAUGAGGCCAAGAGGAAACUGAUGGAGAACAUCCUACUCUACAAAGAGGAGAAGCUGGACAGCAUUGAGCUUUUUGGACCCUGAUGACCAAAGCACAGCUGAGGACCCUUUUCCUCAACUGGGUGGACACUUGUCCAUUCAAGGAAAAGGUCUUUGGCAGCCCAAGGUCUGUCAGGACCCAUACAACCUAAAUACCAGCCUGAGCAGAAGGAAACCUGUUUUAAUCAGUGUUGAGUUGCAGGGAGACAGGGCAGGGGACCUCAACUUACACAGACAACAAACUCCAGGAAACAUUCUUCCUUUGUGAGACUUCUGGCCUUCCAUACCAGGCCAGGAAUGGAACACCUGGUAUGUGACCCAAGGAUUUGGGUGGUUUUGUGGUUCCAGGGAGAUCAUGUUGAUUAUCAUCCCAAUAGGUGCUGUUGCUCCAGCAGCAAGCACUCCUCCACAACUGACAAGAACAACCCUGCAGCACCCAUGGUGUUUUCCAGAGUUAUCAUCUGUCUGUCAUAUUUGCUGACAGCUUUCUGCAAACUUCCAUUUUCUAAAAGACCUUCAGCUGGUGUCUCAGUGCAAUUGUUGACUCAUCUCUCAAGUUCAAGAUUACAAAAGCAAGACACUUGGCAAAGGACUUAGUGGGCUUUCUAUUUCUUCAGUUAAUAAUCUUGUAAGCCACUGGUAUUUAUGAACUGCUUGCUUUGCACCUUUAUCUUCCUAGCACACCAAUGUCCCACUUUUUACAGAGACUCCAAGACUGUGUGUUAUUUAUAGCUGGGUGAAGAAUCACGAGAACUAGUCUCAUGUUUGAUUCUGCUGCUAGUUAAGUCAAUCACUCAAUGUAUAGGAACUCAGUAUCCUUGUAAGGUAUCCCCUGCUCUAUUCUCUCUGCCUUGGGAGGAAAGGGGCAGUGACUUUAGAAAAUAAAUAAAAGGUAUUAACUUCAUGUUUCUGCCAUGUAGAAAAUGUUUAUGUAGUGGAUAUAUUUUUGAAAAGUCAUGUUGUGAACCUUUUUGUGAAACAAAGCUAUUUCUAAUUUACUAUUUAAAAUAAUUCCCCUAUUGUAAAAUAAAGAUAUUUGCUUUGGUUUUUUGA